AUGGUUCGUGGAAAGAUUCAGUUGAGGAGGAUCGAGAACCCGGUUCACAGACAGGUGACGUUCUGCAAGAGGAGAACCGGUUUUCUGAAGAAGGCCAAGGAGCUCUCUGUGCUCUGCGACGCCGAGAUUGGUGUUGUAAUCUUUUCUCCUCAAGGCAAGCUCUUUGAGCUUGCAACUAAAGGAACAAUGGAGGGGAUGAUUGAUAAGUACAUGAAGUGUACUAGCGGAGGUUGUGGCUCUUCUUCUGCUACUUUUACUGCUCAAGAACAACUUCAACCCCCGAAUCAUGAUCCGAAAGAUGAGGUUAAUGUGCUUAAGAAAGAGAUUGAGAUGCUUCAGAAAGGAAUAAGGUAUAUGUUUGGAGGAGGAAAUGGGGCGAUGAAUCUUGAAGAACUUCUUCUGCUUGAGAAGCAUCUUGUGUAUUGGAUUUCUCAGAUCCGCUCUGCUAAGAUGGAGAUUAUGCUUCAAGAAAUUCAGUCCUUGAGAAACAAGGAAGGAGUCCUCAAAAAUGCCAACAAGUAUCUCCUCGAUAAGAUAGAGGAGAACAACAAUAGCAUAUUAGAUGCUAACUUCGCAACAGUGGAGACUAACUAUUCUUAUCCACUAGCAAUGCCAAGUGAAAUAUUUCAGUUCUAG